GGGCUCCCGCUCUAAACCUACUACAACCUAUGAAUGAUCAGCCAAUUUGUGAGUGCACCAUCUGAUGUUUAUUCGAUUUACAUAUGUAUAUAAGACGUAAUAAGAAGCAGCUAGUGAAAGCACCCGGAGCCAACCCCCAAAGUGAACUAAACGUAAACGACCAGAGUGCGCGACGAUGGCUGCCGGCUACCUGCCCCUCGCCGCCGCCGCCGCCGCCGCCGCCGUCACCCUGCUCGUCGUCGCCACAUCCGCCAUUCCGGUGGCCGCCGCCAAGUUCAGCGGCAGGAACAGGAUGGUCAUCAUCCGCGCCCCCGGGGCAAGGGUCGUCUCCCCUGGCGGCGCUCUCAACAACAAGUGGCAGCAGCAGCGGCGCCUGGUGGAGGACGACGUGGCGCCGGAGUUUGGCGGCGGCGGCGGCCAGCUGGUGGGGGGCGCGGACGGCAACAGCCUUGGCCUCGUCAAUGACAGGCCGGUGUGCCUGCACAACGGGUGCGCCCAACCGGGACAGAGGUACACCCCGGGGCACUGCACCUACAAGAACGGAUGCCCCCAUACCCCCACCACUGCCGAGCGCGCAGGUCCCAUGCAGCACGCAUGAGCUGGCUCCGGCCGGCCCGGUCAUCCGUUCGGUGAGGACGCCAUGCCAGCCAGGCUAGCCAGCGCGCGCGCAGUUGCACGAAUAAACGAGUGCGUUGAUCUGCUCGACCUACUAGUCUUCUCCGUACUCUGGUUUUGCGAUGGCGGAAUAAUGUCAACACAAGUCGCGCGCAAACAUUCUGUCGAACAGCUUAAGCGCAUCUUCCAACUUCUCGUUCUGUCCAAACGCAUCAACCAUCUCAUUGUAGUUCUCGGCCCCAAACCUCGUCACCGAUUUUGGGAUUUGGCCCCACGAAUCAAAAUUCGAGCUUCUCAUC